AACGCCCACGGAACUGUCAAACCAGCAGCGCGUGCUGAGAGAAAGCACGAGCCUCUCUCUUAAUGCACGCGACACAUCUCUCUCAGAGCUGAGUAAAGGUACAGUAAAAUGGGAAAACAAACCCUUUAACAAAUCCCGAAGGUGAGAUACUGUAGGUGAGCGCGAGCAGACUAUCUGAGAUGCAGCCAGAUAUGGAUUAAAAGUCAGAGUUUGAGAUUUGACCAUGCGGAUCUUUGUGAGUAAACUGGCCAUCGUGUUUCUGCGCUCCGAACACUGAAUUUGUAGAGAAGCUUCAGCAGCCGAAGCUUAUCAUGGAGACGUUCUCUAGACCGGAGUGCCAGAUCUGCUUUAACCCGUUCAGCCCUCGACGACGGCCCAAACUUCUGGAGUGCAGGCACACGUGCUGCUCGGUAUGUUUGCAUCAGAUGGUGUUGAAUCACAGGGAAGUCCGCUGCCCCUGGUGCCGCCGUGUCACGCAUCUCAGCGGCCUCUCCGUGUUCCAGCUCCCAGACGAUCCGGAAGCACUCUCGGCCAUCACCUUGGUGCACACGCCCGUUUUUAUCCGGCUGCCCGAUAGCAGCUGUUACCUGCUGCCUCUGUCAGUGGAUGAACACGGCAGCUUCAAAAGCCCAGAUGGGACGACCGGACGUCCUGAACGUCUCGUACCCGGAGAGGACGAUCAGGCUGAGGGGAGAGACACCACGAUGAAGAGUUCAGCCUGGACCUGGUUCUGCACCGUCCUCCUGGUAGCCAUCAUCCUCAUCUUCCUCCUGGCCAUCGUCCUGCACAACAUGUCUUGCGUGUCCAAACGCUUCAGCAUCAUUUCCUGCGGAUGAAAGACGAGACUGGGGCUGUGUUCCAGAUUUCACCCUGCUCGCGAUUCCCUACAAAGAAGAAUGAGUAGCACUCUGUAGCACACUAAAAAGGGAAUGAAAUUCAUGGUUCAGGUAGUGGAUUUCAUACACUACAUCGUUCUGUCAUAUAAACAGAUGUGUCUCAAAUUACACUUCGUAUGCACUAUGGGAGCACAAACCCAAACCACAUGCCCUAUUGACUAUAUAGGGAACAUAAACUCUGUUUAAACACCUCACAUCAUCCAUACAUUGUGGAUGUGUCCCAAACCACUGAAAAAAUCCUAGACCUCUCUGUAGUGAGCAUGGUGUGAUUUUGGACCUACAGUACGUUUGACUUUGAAUCAGGAAGAGGAACACGGGUUUGUCCGAAGACACUCUGGAUAUAAUAAGAGACUUUAAGAGACUCACUGUGUUUACUGUUGAAUGGCAGGAGUUUAAAGUAACACUCCGAGUAAAUGUUUCUUUUUUUUGUUUGUUUUUUUCAUCUGCGUGGGAUUGGAGGCGUUCUUGUAAACGGUGUGGAAUUUUUCCACCUCGACGCAACACCGGACGGACGUCGAUGGUGGUUUUUUUGGUUUUUUUUUUUUUGCACCAGUGUACAGUUAAUGGCCAAGCUCGAUGCAGUGUUGAACUGUGCCAUGUUGUAAUGUAGCAGUGUGAAUGUGACGAGUUUUAAAUGUAACGUUACUUUAAGAAGGUUUUCACAUAUGUAGCGUUUGAAGUCGGACCAAAACAACUAGCCCUGGCCCUCCUCACAUAUUCAAGCAAUAAGUCCCCCCCCCAGAAUUUUCCUCAAAAAUCUGCGUGUGUGAAUCCAAAUCGAACGAAAGUUAGAAAACGAACUACAGCUAACGAUUACACUAUGUAGAACGGACUAACGAGCAGGUAAGCUGUCUUAAGUAUUAACACUGUAAAUUUAACAAACAACGGUGACAAAAAAAGGAAGAAGGAGACGUAGAAGAAGACGAAAUGUUUUAUAUUGAUUCUACACAGUCCACUUCUGAUACAUUUUUAUCCCGUGUCCAAAUAUACAGUUUUCUACGUGUUAUUCAAAUGUUGCUGUGAAACGUGUCGUAAACCACCUUGGUGUUGUGAGUCAUUCCUCUGGCCGUUAUAAGAACUAGAGGUGGUCCGAUUGUGGAUUUUACCGAUACCGAUAAUUAAGUCGAGCGGUUACCUAUCGAUAACUGAUUAAUCAACCGGUAGUUUUUAAAACCUUUUACAAACACUAUUGAACUUUAUUACGAAAAUAAACACUACUGACUGUACCAUGAAAAUGUACUUAUUAAAAGGAAGUAAACAUGAAUGUAUAAACUAUUAAUAAAUAUUAAUGUAAAUAAAAUGUACACAUCCAAACUGAACCAAAAAGUAACACUCCAAAUAACAAAUAAACAAAUAAAACUAA